AUGUGGAAUGGACCAAACUACGCGCAGCAGCCGGCGACGGGGCGCGGCGUGCGGGCUGAAGAUAAGCGGCUUAACUCCGCACCCGAACGAGACAACACCAUUCCUAAUAACCUUAAGACAAGUGCGAAUGUCGAGUUAGAUGAAGAAAAUUGGCAACAAAUCCUCGAGGGAGAAUGGAUGGUCGAAUUCUACGCGCCAUGGUGUCCCGCAUGCAACGCUCUCGCGCCUGCAUGGAAAGAACUAUCAAAUAGAGCCAAGUCGAAGAACUUGGGGAUGAAAGCUGCAGCAGUAGACGUGACCAAGUCGCCAGGGCUCAGUGGUCGAUUUGUGGUUACUGCUUUGCCUACUAUAUUCCAUGUAAAAGAAGGUGAAUUCCGUCAAUACAAAGGCCCAAGAGACACAGACUCCAUGUUAGACUACGUAGAGCGAGGCAAGUGGAAACAAACCGAGGCGAUACCCUCUUGGAAAGCACCACAUUCCCUGCAAAUGGGACUUGUGGCACAUUUCUUUAAACUCAGUCAGGCUUUGAGGGGUGUACACAACAUGCUAAUGGAGACGUACGGGCUACCAACAUGGGGCUCGUAUCUGAUCUUCGCUGUGGCCACCAUAUUCAUUGGUGCACUGCUCGGAUUGAUACUAGUCUGCAUCAUAGACCUGCUAUACCCUCCGCGUAGGUCAGACAAGGUUCUCAUCCCUCAAGCCGAGAUGAACAGACGCAAGGAUAAAGCAUCUGAUGAUGAACAGGAACUAAUCAACGAUGACAUCGUGGACGACGCGGAGCCGGCACCAGACAGUGACGCGGAAAAGAACUCGCCCAGCGAUACUUCAGAAGACGACAAAGAGAAGGAGAAAGAGAAAGCCGGUGGAGAUGAGAAUAAAGGAGAAAACAAAGAAGUGCGCAAACUU